UCAAUACGCCGGUACACCCCCCUUAUAACCUCAACUGUCAAAACCGGUCUAAAUAACCUAAAAAUCGUUACUUUUACGUUAAAAAUUGGGCCGUUUGGCCCACAAUGCCAUGGAUUUGCAAUGCCUGAACACGAUCGAUUGCCAGCAAGGGGCCGUGAGGGCCGUCCGCUUCAAUGUGGACGGUUCCUACUGUUUGACAUGUGGCUCGGACAAGAAGCUCAAACUGUGGAACCCCUACCGCAGCCUCCUUUUAAAAACCUACGGGGGUCACGGAAACGAAGUCUUGGACGCUUGCGGCUCCUGCGACAGCAGCCAAAUCGCUUCUUGUUCGUCCGAUAAAUCGGUGAUAAUCUGGGACGUGUCCACCGGACAGCCCUUACGCCGCUUUCGGGGGCACGCAGCUACCGUAACUUGCGUUAAAUUCAACGAGGAGUCUUCAGUUGCAAUUUCGGGGAGUUUGGACAACACGAUAAUGUGUUGGGACGUCAAGUCGCGCAACACCAACCCCAUUCAGACUCUUAAAGACGCUAAAGACUGCAUAACUUCGAUUCAAGUCACAGAUCACGAGAUUUUAGCCGGAUCUGUUGACUGUUCAGUCCGGAGAUACGACUUGAGGAAUGGCAGUUGCCACGCUGAUUUCGUGGGGGCUGCCAUCACUUCAGUCUCGUUUUCACAUGACGGACAAUGUGUGUUGGUCAGCUCGGCUGAUAGCACAAUUCGGUUACUGGAUAAAAACACCGGAGAGAUGCUUGGCGAGUACGUGGGGCACCGCACCGACGAUAUGAACAUCGAAAGCGCCAUUAUAACAAGUGAUAAUCACGUCUUGUCCGGUUCGGUUACCGGAGAGCUGUUCUGUUGGGAUUUGGUAAGUGGGGCUGUCGUACAAAAAUAUACUCAUACGGCGAGAAAAGUGCUAAAUUCGUUAAGUGUGCACCCGACUGAGGACACGGUCCUCACAGCGUCAGUUCAAACGAUUAAAAUCUGGGGGAAAGCGUCAGAAAAUGUGAAAACCGAAGUCAAUAAAAGUGUAUAAUUUCCUAAAAAAACACAACAAUUUCGACUAUUAGCUACAUAACAAAACGGUUAGAGUCGUGUAAACAUUCUCAGAAAAACGUAGUGUUAGGCGAAAAUCACAGCACAGAGUGUUAGUAACCCACCAGAGGACGAUUUUUGCCACUCUAGUGAUUAUUAAAAUAGGAAUCUUACACUAGGAUUUUUGUUUUGGACAAGUUUUAAUAAAAAAAUGGAAAUUUUUGUCUGAGCAAA